GAAGAAAGAAGCUGAAAAAGUUAGGUGAAGAAUGUGUGAAUUACAGAUCCCCAUUUCUGAAGAAUAAUAGAAGAUUGUGUAAGGAUCUUAACAGGGAAGAAAAAAUAGUACUUGACUAUGCCUUUUCAAAAGAAGUUCUGAAUGAUUGUGUCUACCACGAUGACGGAGGUGUGUUUAUAACUCAUGAGGAGUUGCAAACCCUUGAAGAUCAAAGUGUAGACAACUCUAUUAUAGACGCAUGGGCAAGAAUUUUGAAUGACAGAGAAAAGUCAAGCAAUACUACAAAGCGUGCAUUCAUAGCUUCAACCAUAGUCUAUGCACAGUUUAAUUAUACCUCUGGUGACCCAAUUGAAAACAUGGUUGAAAGAUUGGAAAAGGAAAUGAAUGAAGCAGGAGCAGAUGUUAAGCAUCUUGAUAUGAUAAUGUUUCCAAUUCACAAGCAUGCGCACUACUACAUCUACUGCUUUUACCCAAAAAAUAAUAUUGUUGAUGUGAUAGACAACCGCAUGCUUCCAGAUGGGGUGCCUUUUGAGAAUAAAUAUGCUGAAACUUUUAACAAUAUGGUUGCGGGGUUCAAAGUCUUCUGUGAGAAACUGAAACUUUCAGAUUCACUGCCACCAACAUGGGUUCCAAGAAUUUUGAUUAUGCCAUGGAGAAGUAAUGACAAUAAUACUGACUGUGGAGUAUUUGCCAUACGCCAUUUGGAGACAUAUCGUGGGCAGGGACACAGAUGGGAUUCUGGAUUUGCACC